CCUUUUUGCUUUUGUCCAGACUCAUCUCUUGACUGCCUCUCUGCUGGACAGACAUGGAGAAGCUCACGCACCUCAUCUUGUUGCUUUUGUCAGCAUCCUGCGCUGCAGACAACAUCACCCUGGUGUACGGAGUGGAGGGGGGGACCAUAUCUAUCAAUUGUACCUAUAACCCCUGGCAGCAGCGGUGGAGAGAAAAGAGCUGGUGCAAGCAGAUCGAUGAGACCAAGUGCCAACAUGUGGUGAGCGCCCGCCGCUUCUGGCUGCCCUUCCUGAAGAACAGGAACGGCACCACUUCCAUCAGUGACAAUGUCCACGAAGGGGUCCUGACGGUGACCAUGAAGCAACUCAAGAAGCAGGACGCUGGGCUGUACCAGUGCAGAACUGACUACCUGGGGGAAACAAACACCUUACAGAAGGUACAAGUGAAAGUGCUGACAGCUGUCCUGGAAACCCAAAUGCCAGAGGAGCCUAGUGCUGUGCACAGCAUCUCCAGCAUUCAUCCUGAAGCUGACUUCACUGUCUUCUAUGUCAUUGGCGGACUCCUGGCUGUCAAGUUUGUGGUGGCCGUGCUGAUCUUUAUCAUUAGCAAGAGUGGGAAAAACAGAGAGACAGAGCAGAACAACUCAAGCUUGAAUGAACAGUGGGUCCUCCCUUUCCCCGGUGACCUCGUAAAGCAUGCACGUGAUGGAAUCAGCUCCUCCUCGAGAGCGCUGCUUAGAGCUGAACCAAGAGAAUCGACAGGGAAAUGAACAUCAAUCAUUUUCCGGCAAAGCUUUGCCACCUGCUGUAAUAAAGAAAAGGAUCACCCACGGGACAUAGGUAUUGACAGACCUAUCGCCCUAAAGAGGGAAUGUCACCAUCUCACCUUCUCUCAUUGCCGCUGACCAACUUUUCCCAACGCAAUUGAAAUGAAAUGAUGCUGCCAGUAACACCUGAACCUGGUGGAAGGAGAUGGAACUGGGGGUUGAGGGGAAGAAGGAACAUGAAAUAUUUUUGUCAAGAGAUCCAGCAAAGACUUAUCUAUGUGCAGAGACGCUUCCCCAGACACAGUAAAGGUGACAGAGCUCUGCUCCAUUUUCCCCCAGCUCAGUGCCAGGCCAGACAACGCUUUGCUGUAAAUGAAAGUACAGAUAGGCCAGUGAACAUAAACAGGAGUUCAGGUAAUGCAGCUCAACCACCGUGUGUUCUUGUGGAACUCAUGAAUGCACACAUAAACAAUGUCAAAAUUUUAAGACAUUGUUCUGUCAAAAUUCCCCAAGGAACUUUUGAUUUAUUGAAGAGCUAAUAGCUUUUUUCAGCAUGUCGUAUACGUUUACAAAACUGCUGAACGCUUCUUCCAAAAGCAUGAAAUAUAACCAGAAGUGUAUGGUUUGUACUGAAAGCCAGUAUUAGUGUCUAGAAAUCAGUUUUGUAACUGAGAUUCCACCCUCUAAUGACUGACCUUUUUGCCAUGUUUACGGCAAUGCAGUGCUCUGCUGUCACCUCUAGUCACUGCUAGUAACUGCUCCAUACCACCAGGCAGUUAUUCCAGAAACUUAUCUCCAGCAUCAUUCCACUGGGGUCUGGAUUGAGACCUGUCAACGUGAUAUUAUUUCACGGUACUGCCAGGUGACAGAUUCUCUUUUCCCAAGGUGACCAGCUCCCACAGAUUUCCUCUGGCAAAAUGGAUCCUUAGUGGACAGUCGGUGUGGAAAGAGACGCGGAACUGUAGAAUGUAGCAGAAAGGGAUGUGAAGGCUACACACAACCCUGAGCCUGCUUCCUCAUUUCUCAAGUGAAAUGUUCAAAGCAUGAACUCUUUGUACUUCUCCCUGCCUUUCAUCUACUUUCUCAAGGGGAUGUUACCAACACGAUCAUUGUUUAUCACUCCCCCAAAUGAAGCUGCAUUUAACUGCCCAAAGACCCCAAACCCAAGGCCAUUCACACGUAUUUCCUUGCAUUGCCUACAAAGCUAAAUAAA